GCUUGGGCCGGGGCACCGAUCUUAGCCAUCUGUGAGUUCCAGGCCCAAUGGAAGGCCCAGGAGAAACAAUGCCUAGGCCAGCUGUGAUUCACCAGGAGAUCUGGGUGCAGGACACCAUGCUGCUCCUUGCUGUCCUCUUUGGGAUGCUGUGGACACUGGCUAGUGGGCGGUGGUGUGAGCGGACGGAGACUGUCCACGUGGAGGAAGAAGUAGUCCCCCGUCAGGAGGACAUGGUGCCAUGCUCCAGUCUCUAUCAUUACAGCCGCCUAGGAUGGCGGCUGGACACCCCGUGGCGUGGCCGUGGAGGACUCAGCAGGUCCCCAGCACCUGGGCUCUGUGCCAUCUACAAACCUCCGGAGACCCGACCUGCCACAUGGAACCGAACAGUGAGGUCUUGCUGCCCGGGCUGGGGGGGCACUCACUGCACGGAUGCCCUUGCAGAAGCCAGCCCUGAAGGCCAUUGCUUUGUCACGUGGCACUGCCAGCCUCUGGCAGGCUCAGCUAAUGUUUCAGUGGGAAGCCUGCGGGAGUGCUGUGCCCAACCCUGGGGACAUAGCUGGUGGGACAGUAGCUCCCGGGUGUGCGUCAGCUGUUCGGGCCAACACUUCCCAGGCAGCACUGCCACUGCGGCCUUCCUGCCGCCCCCGGUGGGGGCCGCGGGCCAGCUGUGGAGCCAGCGGCGGCAGCCUUUAGCCACCUGCGCCACGUGGUCCGGCUUCCACUACCGCACCUUUGACGGGCGUCACUACCACUUCCUGGGCCGCUGCACCUACCUGCUGGCAGGCGCUGUGGAUUCAGACUGGGCCGUGCACCUCGCACCUGGCCGUCACUGUCCCCAGACCGGGCGCUGUCAGCUGGUCCGGGUGAUAAUGGGCCCCGAGGAGGUGCUGAUCCAGGGUGGGGAGGUCUUUGUGAAGGGGCAGCUGGUACCUGAUGGAGAGGCUCGGCUACUCCACGGGCUGAGCCGGCAGUGGCAGGGGGAUUGGCUGGUGCUCUCCGGGGGCCCGGGGGUUACUGUGAGACUGGACAGGUCCAGUUCUAUCUCCAUCUCCGUGGACCAUGAGCUCUGGGGACAGACACAGGGCCUCUGUGGGACCUACAAUGGCCAGCCAGAGGAUGACUUUGUGGAGCCAGGUGGAGGGCUGGCCAUGCUAGCUGCCACCUUUGGGAAUUCCUGGAGGCUCCCUGGCUCCGAGCCUGGGUGUCUGGAUGCUGUGGAGGUGACCCAGGGCUGUGAGGGCUCCCUCGUAGAAGGUGUGGAGGCUGGACGUAUACAGAGUGAAGCCCAGGAGGUGUGCCAGCAGCUGCUGGAGGGUCCAUUCAGGCACUGUCAUGCCCAGGUUUCUCCCAGCGAGUACCAUGAGACCUGCCUCUUUGCCUACUGUGCUGCUGGGGCCACAGCAGCCAGUGGCCCAAAGGUGCGGCGGGAGGCUGUGUGUGCCACCUUCGCCAACUACGCCCAGGCCUGUGCCAGGUGGCACAUCCAAGUGCGCUGGAGGAAGCCUGGAUUCUGUGAGCGCCUGUGCCCAGGGGGCCAGCUUUACCAUGACUGCGUCUCAUCCUGCCCACCCAGCUGCUCGGCAGUGGGCAGGGGAGAGGAAGGCUCUUGUGGGGAAGAGUGUGUGAGUGGCUGCGAGUGCCCACCCAACCUCUUUUGGGACGGUGCCCUCUGUGUGCCCGCUGCCCGCUGCCCCUGCUACUACCGACGCCACCGCUAUGCUCCCGGCGACACUGUGUACCAGCGGUGCAACCCAUGCGUGUGCCAGGACGGCCGCUGGAACUGUGCCCAGGCCUUGUGUCCUGCCGAGUGUGCGGUGGGUGGUGACGGGCAUUACUUCACUUUUGAUGGACGGAGCUUCUCCUUCCGAGGUGGCCCAGGCUGCCUCUACAGCCUAGUGCAGGACUCUGGUAAAGGUCAGCUGCUGGUAGCAUUGGAGCACGGGGCCUGCGACUCUGGAAGCUGUCUUCAGGCCCUCUCUGUCUCCUUGGGGGAUGCUCAUGUCCAGCUCAGGCACUCAGGAGCGGUGCUGGUGGACGGGCAGGACGUGGGCUUGCCCUGGAUUGGCGCCGAGGGCCUCAACGUGUCCAAGGCCUCCUCUGCUUUCCUACUACUGCGCUGGCCUGGAGCCCGGGUUCUCUGGGGAGUGACUGACCCUGCAGCCUACAUUACCCUAGACCCCCGUUAUGCCCAUCAGGUGCAGGGUCUGUGUGGCACCUUUACCUGGAACCAGCAGGAUGACUUCCUGACGCCAGCUGGGGACAUGGAGACAAGCGUCACGGCAUUUGCUAGCAAGUUCCAGAUGACAGGAGACGGAAGGUGUCCGUUAGUGGACAGCGUCCCCCUGUCCCCCUGCAGCACUCACUCCCAGCACCUCGCUUUUGCAGAGGCCACCUGUGCCAUCCUGCAUGGACCUGCCUUCCAGGACUGUCACGGGCUGGUGGAUCGGGAACCAUUCCGGCUGCGCUGCUUGGCAGCCGUGUGUGGCUGUGCCCCUGGCACGGACUGCCUGUGUGCAGUGCUCUCUUCCUAUGCACGCCGCUGUGCCCAGGAGGGUUCCCUAGUGUCCUGGAGGAACCAGACACUGUGUCCUGUCCUGUGUCCUGGUGGUCAGGAGUACCAAGAGUGCUCCCCAGAGUGUGGUAGACACUGUGGGGAGCCGGAGGAUUGUAAGGAACUUGGCGGCUGCGUGGCUGGUUGUCGCUGUCCCCUGGGGCUGCUGUGGGACUCUGAGGGACAGUGUGUGCCACCCAGCAUGUGUCCCUGCCAGCUUGGAGCCCAGCGCUACGUCUCUGGCAGUGCUAUCGAGAAAGACUGCAGCCACUGUGUCUGCCAGGAGAGGGGCAUCUGGAAUUGCACAGAUCAUCACUGCCCCCCGAAAUGGGCACUGUGCCCUCAGGAGCUGAUCUAUGCCCCCGGCGCCUGCCUCUUCACCUGUGACAGUCCCGGGACCAACCGCUCCUGUCCUGCAGGCGGCACCGAUGGCUGUGUCUGUCCCCCGGGCACUGUGUUCCUGGAUGGGCGCUGUGUGCCUCCCGAGCUCUGUCCCUGCCGUCACAGUGGGCAGUGGUACCCGCCCAAUGCCACCAUCCAGGAGGACUGCAACAUUUGUGUGUGCCAGGGCCGCCAGUGGCACUGCACAGGUCAGCGGUGCAGUGGGCGGUGCCAGGCGUCCGGCGCCCCCCACUAUGUGACGUUCGAUGGGCUGGCUCUCACCUUCCCCGGAGCCUGCGAGUACCUGUUGGCGCGGGAGAGCCGUGGCCGCUUCAGUGUCUCUGCUCAGAACGUGCCCUGUGGGGCCAGCGGCCUCACCUGCGCCAAGGCGCUGGCCGUGCGUCUGGACGGCACUGUUGUACACAUGCUCAGAGGACGGGCAGUAAUGGUGAAUGGGGUGAGCAUAAGGCCCCCCAAGGUCUACACGGGUCCAGGGCUGAGCCUGCGCCAGGCUGGCCUCUUCCUGCUGUUGACAACGCGCCUGGGUCUCACCCUGCUCUGGGAUGGAGGCACCCGGGUCCUGCUCCAGCUGCCCCCCAACUUCCGGGGCCGAGUGGCUGGGCUGUGCGGAGACUUUGACGGCGAUGCCAGCAACGAUCUGCGGAGCCGCCAGGGGGCCCUGGAGCCUACAGCGGAGCUGGCUGCCCACUCCUGGCGCCUCAACCCUCUGUGUCCCGAGCCAGGAGACCCGCCCCACCCCUGCGCGGUGAAUGCCCAUCGGGCAAGCUGGGCCCGGGCCCGCUGUGGGGUGAUGCUGCAGCCUCUUUUUGCCCCGUGCCACGCGGAGGUGCCCCCCCAGCAGCACUACGAGUGGUGUGUGUACGACACCUGCGGCUGUGACUCGGGGGGCGAUUGUGAGUGCCUCUGCUCAGCCAUCGCCACCUACGCCGAUGAGUGCGCCCGGCACGGGCACCAUGUGCGCUGGCGCAGCCAGGAGCUCUGCCCGCUGCAGUGUGAAGGGGGACAGCUGUAUGAAGCCUGUGGCCCCAUAUGCCCCCCAACAUGCCAUGACCACCAUGAUCCCGGGUGGCUCUGCCAGGCGGUGCCCUGCGUGGAGGGCUGCUUCUGCCCCGAGGGGGCGCUGCUGCACGGAGGAGCCUGUGUGGAGCUGGCUGCCUGUCCCUGUGAGUGGAAUGGCAGUUUCUUUCCGCCGGGGACGGUGCUGCAGAAGGACUGUGGGAACUGUGCCUGCCAGGAAGGUCAGUGGCAUUGUGGGAGUGACGGUGCCCCCUGUGGGGAGAUGGAGCCCGGAUGUGCAGAGGGAGAAGUUCCAUGCCGGGAGAGCGGGCACUGUGUGCCCCAUGAGUGGCUUUGUGACAAUCAAGAUGACUGUGGAGAUGGCUCGGAUGAGGAGGGCUGUGCCACCCCAGGGUGCAAGGAGGGACAGGUGCCUUGCCACUCUGGCCACUGCCUGCCCCUGGCCCUGCUCUGCAAUGGGCAGGAUGACUGUGGAGAUGGCACAGAUGAGCGGGACUGCCCGUGCCCCACGGGCUCUCUGCCUUGUGCCGACGGCCGCUGCCUGCCACUUGCCCUGCUGUGUGAUGGGCACCCCGACUGUCCUGACGCCGCAGAUGAGGAGUCUUGUCUGGGGCAGAUGAAUUGUGUCCCUGGAGAGGUGCCCUGUGUCGAUGGCACUUGCGUGAGAGCUGUCCAGCUAUGUGAUGGGGUUUGGGACUGCCCAGAUGGAGCUGAUGAAGGGUCUGGGCACUGUCCUCUGCCCUCUCUGCCCACACCCCCUGCUGGCACCACGCCUGGUCCCUCCACUAGCUCCCUGCACGGGGAACUAAGCCCCCUAGACAGUACCAGCUCUGCGCCUCCCUGCGGCCCCUGGGAGUUCCAGUGUGACAGCGGCGAGUGCCCCCCUCAGGGCUGGCGCUGCGACCUCGAGGAAGACUGCUCGGACGGCAGCGACGAGCGGCGCUGUGGGCCCUGCGCCCCGCACCACGUGCCCUGCGCCCGCGGCCCCCACUGCGUGCCCCCAGGGCAGCUGUGCGACGGCGUGCCCCAGUGCCCCGAUGGCUCAGACGAGGACCCGGACUCCUGCGGCUCUACCCAGGUCCCUUCAUGCCAGGGCCUUUUGCCCUGCGGUUCGGCUCCCUGGCUAUGCCUGAACCCCGGGAAGCUCUGUGACGGGAUCAGCGACUGUCCCCAGGGCGAAGAUGAACGGGGCUGUGAGGGGUUGCCGGCCCCAGGAGGCCCUGGCGGGGCAACAGGCCCCUGCCCAGAAUACUCGUGCCCCAACGGCACCUGCAUCGGUUUCCAGCUGGUGUGUGACGGGAAGCCCGACUGUGAGCUGGCAGGCGAAGCAGGGCCCUCCCCAGAGGAGCAUGGCUGUGGGGUCUGGGGUCUCUGGGGCCCGUGGGGGCUGUGCAGCCGGACCUGCGGGACGGGGGUGCAGAGCAGGAGCCGAAGCUGCUCUCUGCCCCGCGCCCUGGUGCUGCAGCGCUGCCUGGGCCUGGAGCAGGAGUCGCGGGCCUGCUUCCCACAGGCCUGCCCGGCCGACGGCGAGUGGGGCGCCUGGUCCCCCUGGUCUGUGUGCUCGGAGCCCUGCGGCGGCGUCGUGACCCGACAGCGGCCCUGCCGCGGGCCCCAGAACGGGGGUCUGCCCUGUGCCCGGCUUCCCGGGGGCCUCCUCGGCUCCCGCCAGACCAAGCCCUGCCCUGGCGAUGGUUGCCCCAAUGCCACCUGCUUUGGGGAGCUGGUGUUUUGGCCUUGCGCUCCUUGUCCUCUGACCUGCGAUGACGUGUCUGGCCAGGUCUCAUGCUCACGGGACAGGCCCUGCAGCAGCCCAGGUUGCUGGUGCCAGGAAGGGAAGGUGCUGGACAGCGAGGGGCAGUGUGUACCACCUAGGCAGUGCCCUUGCCUGGUGGAUAACAUCCGCUACCAGCCAGGGCAGCGCAUCAAGGUGGACUGUCGUCUCUGUGUGUGUCACGAUGGACAACUACGGCGCUGCCGGCCAAACCCGGACUGUGCCAUUGACUGUGGCUGGUCCUCCUGGUCCUCUUGGGCCGAAUGCCUGGGCUCUUGUGGCAGUCAGAGCCUCCAGUGGUCCUUCCGGAGCCCCAACAACCCUCGCCUCUCUGGCCGGGGUCACCAGUGCCGUGGCAUCCACCGCAAGGCCCGCAGGUGCCAGACGGAGCCCUGUGAGGGCUGUGAGCAGCAGGGCCAUGUGUACCGCGUGGGGGAGCGCUGGCGCGGGGGCCCCUGCAGGGUGUGCCAGUGUCUGCCCAGCGGCACUGCCCGCUGCUCCCCCUACUGCCCACUGGGCAGCUGCCCCCAGGGAUGGGUCCUGGUGGAGGGAACGGAAGAAUCGUGUUGCCACUGUGUCCUUCCCGGAGGGAGCCACACAGCGCCCCCUGUGGCCACUCUGGCUGUCACCCCCAGUCCCCAGGUUGGAGCUCCUCUGGUCACUCACGACUUACCUCCCAGAGGAGACCCCUGCUAUUCUCCCUUGGGCUUGGCCCAGCUGCCCCGGGGAAGUCUGCAGGCACCCUCCCAGCACCUGGAGCCCCCCACCUGGGCUGCCCUCCUGGGGGCUCCCACCGAGGGGGGACCCGCCCCUGGAGAGAGCGCUUACGCGGAGUGGAGCCCACAGCGCCUCUACCUGCACCUGGACCUGCUGCGGCCUCGGAACCUGACUGGCAUCAUAAUACAGGGGACCGGUUCCCCCUCCGACGGUCACAUCGCCAGCUUUUCGCUCCAAUUCAGCAGUGACGGACUACACUGGCAGGAGUACCAGGACGUGCUGCCCAGCACCCUGCCCUCACCCAGGCGUUUCCCUGGGAACUGGGACCGUGUGGCCCCGGAGGUGUGGACGUUUGGCCAGAUGGUGCAGGUGAGGUAUGUCAGGGUAUGGCCACCGCUCAACGCCGAGGCCCAGCACAGCACCUUCCAGGGGGUGGAGUUCCUUGGCUGUGAGCCAGUAUCUCCACUGGCAACUCCAUGCCCAGGGGCUGGACACCGCUGUGCCAGUGGUGAGUGUGUCCCGAGAGGGGCACCAUGCGAUGGCGCUGUGGACUGUGCGGACAGCUCGGAUGAGGAGGGCUGUGGGCCCCUGUCUGCCGACACCGGCAGAGUUCAUGCCACAGCCCAAACCACCCCAGGAAUGGCAGCCGUGACUGGCCUCCCUCCACACAGAGUCACCGCCAUGACUCCUAGUGGUAAGAUUGAGCCCUUCUGCCUGCAGAUAAAACCUGUGCCACAGUGUCCCCCGAGGCCCUUCCCACCUGCGCACUGUGGCCAGGGACGGUUUCCCUGUGGCGUGCUGGGCUGUGUGGAGCCACAGCGGCUGCGAGGGAAGGAAGGCUGUCUUGACGGCCGGAUGAGCAGCGCUGUGGGUGGAAGGAAACUUGUCCUGGGUGCAGGUUACAGGAGGCACCGGGAGGAAGUAGAGGCCAGGACCUCUGGUCAGCAAGCUCUGUCCUUCUCUUGGCCUCAGGUCGAAGGGACACAGUUUGUCAUCCAGCUGGAAAUCACUCAUGUGGCUCCCUCCUCUCUCCUUUCCUUAUGGGCAGUAAGUUCCGGGCCCUUCACGCUACCCACCACCGCCCUGCCUGGGCUUCCAGCCUCGGGGGGCCUCUGCUCCCCAAGCCAGCUGAGCUGUGGCAGUGGGGAGUGCCUGCCUGCCCAGCGGCGUUGCGACCUCCGGCCCGACUGCCAGGAUGGCUCUGAUGAGACUGGCUGUGUGGACUGCGUGCUGGGACCCUGGUCCGCCUGGAGCAGCUGCAGCCACACCUGCGGCCUGGGCCUCACCUUUCAGCGCCGGGAGUUGCUGCGGCCACCGCUGCCCGGGGGCAGCUGCCCUCUGGGCCAGCUCCGCAGUCAGUCCUGCUUCAUGCAGGCCUGUCCAGUGGCUGGGGCAUGGGCAGAGUGGGGGACCUGGGGGCCAUGCAGCGUCUCCUGUGGGGGUGGCCACCAGAGUCGUCAGAGGAGCUGUGUGGAUCCCCCACCCAAGAAUGGAGGUGCCUUCUGCCCUGGAGCCUCCCAAGAGAGUGCACCCUGUAGUUUGCAGCCUUGCCCAGGUGAAACAGACUGCGGGCUGGGCCGUGUGCAUGUGAAUGCCGAAAUGUGCCAGAAGGGGCUGGUUCCCCCAUGUCCCCCCUCCUGCAUGGACCCUGAGGCUAACAGAAGCUGCAGUGGACACUGUGUAGAAGGAUGCCGCUGUCCCCCUGGGCUCCUCCUCCAAGACUCUCGCUGCCUGCCCCUCGCCGAGUGCCCAUGCCUGGUGGGCGAGGAGCUGCGGCAGCCGGGGAUGACCUUCCUGCUGGGCAACUGCAGCGUCUGCACGUGCGAGAAGGGGGCACUGAUGUGCCAACCGGGUCGCUGUCCCCAGCACUGCAAGUGGUCAGCCUGGUCCUUUUGGGCGCCCUGUGACCGCUCCUGUGGCUCUGGAGUGCGAGCCAGGUUCAGGUCUCCCUCCAACCCUCCCGAGGCUUUUGGAGGUGCCCCAUGUGAGGGUGACAGACAGGAGCUUCAGGCCUGCUACACACGGUGUGGGACAGAGGCACCCGGCUGGACACCUUGGACGUCCUGGUCCCCCUGCUCCCAGAGCUGCCUUGUGCCUGGAGAGGUCCCCGGCUGGCGACGGCGUUCCAGGCUCUGUCCCACUGCCAGGGACACAUCCUGCCCCGGGGAGGCUACCCAGGAGGAGGCCUGCAGCCCCCCUGUGUGCCCAGCACCAAGCGGCUGGAGUCUGUGGGCUUCCUGGUCCACGUGCUCAGCCUCCUGUGAUGGGGGCAUCCAGACCCGUGGGCGCAGCUGCUCUGGCAUGGCUCCUGGGGUCCCCCUGUGCCCAGGACCCCACAGUCAGAUCCGGAACUGCAACCUGCAGCCUUGCACAGCCCAGUGCCCAGGAGACCUGGUCUUCCGCUCAGCAGAGCAGUGUUUGCAGGAGGGGGAUCCGUGCCUUCAGCUGUGCCUGGCACAGGAUCCUGGGGUGCAGUGCACGGGCUCCUGCGCCCCCAGCUGCGGUUGUCCACCUGGCCUCUUCCUGCACAAUGCUAGCUGCCUUCCCCACAGCCAGUGCCCCUGUCAGCUACGUGGCCAGCAGUUUGCACCUGGAGAGGCGGCUCGCCUGGACUCCUGCCACAACUGCACCUGCGUCUCUGGCAAGAUGGUGUGCACCUCGGAGCUCUGCCCAGUGGCCUGUGGCUGGAGCCCCUGGACCCUGUGGAGUCUCUGUAGCCGCAGCUGCAACGUGGGCAUUCGGCGGCGCUUCCGAGCGGGCACUGCGCCUCCAGCUGCAUUUGGGGGUGCUGAGUGCCAGGGUGCCAACAUGGAGGCGGAAUUCUGUGGUCUGCAACCAUGUCGAGGUCCUGGUGGGGAGUGGGGUCCCUGGGCCCCAUGCUCUGUGCCCUGUGGAGGGGGCUACAGGAACCGCACCCGAGGCGGUGGCCCGCAUAGCCCCAUGGAGUUCUCUACCUGCGGUCUGCAGCCCUGUGCAGGGCCUAUACCAGGCGUGUGUCCCAUGGGCCAGCAGUGGCUGGACUGUGCCCAGGGCCCAGCCUCCUGCGCAGAGCUCAGCACUUCGAGAGGGACUAACCAGACCUGCCACCCCGGCUGCUACUGCCCACCUGGAAUGCUCCUGCUCAAUAACGUGUGCGUGCCCGCCCAGGACUGCCCCUGCGCCCACAGGGGCCGCCUCCACCCCCCAGGCAGUGCCGUGUUGCAUCCCUGUGAGAACUGUUCCUGUGUCUCUGGAAUCAUCACUAACUGCAGCUCCUGGCCUUGCCAGCCUGCUUGGUCACCCUGGACCCCGUGGAGUGAAUGCUCGGCAUCCUGCGGUCCCGCCCGGCAUCAUCGGCACCGCUUCUGUACCAGGCCCUCCAGGGUGACACCCUCCAGCCAGGCUCCGCUGCGCCCAACAGCCACCCCCGCCUCACUCUCACUCUGCCCGGGCCCUGACGCCGAGGAGGAGCCGUGCCUCCUGCCAGGGUGUGACGGAGCAGGGGGCUGGGGCCCUUGGGGACCCUGGUCCAACUGUAGUCGCAGCUGCGGAGGAGGCCUGCGGAGCCGGACCCGAGCCUGUGACCAGCCACCACCCCAGGGCCUGGGGAAUUUCUGUGAGGGGCCCCGGGCCCAGGGGGAGGUCUGCCAGGCUUGGCCGUGUGCAGUGACCAACUGUAGUGCCAUCGAAGGGGCCGAGUACAGCCCCUGUGGCCCUCCGUGUCCUCGCUCCUGCGAUGACCUUGUGCACUGUGUAUGGCGCUGCCAGCCCGGCUGCUACUGUCCCCCAGGCAAGGUGCUUGGCGCCGACGGGGCCAUCUGCGUGCAGCCAGACCACUGUGGCUGCCUGGAUCUGUUGACUGGGCAGCGACACCCUCCGGGCGCUCAGCUGGCGAGGCCUGACGGCUGCAACCGCUGCACCUGCGUGGAGGGGAGGCUCAACUGCACAGAACUGCCCUGCCCAGUGCCCGGAAGCUGGUGCCCGUGGUCGGAGUGGACGGCAUGCUCCCGGCCCUGCAGGGGCCAGAUGAGGACCCGCUCCAGGGCCUGCGCCUGCCCUGCUCCUCAGCACGGGGGCGCUCCAUGCCCUGGGGACCUAGAGGAAGCAGGGGUCCAGCCUCAGAGGGAGGCCUGCCCCAGCCCCACUACCUGCCCAGUGGAUGCAGCCUGGGGCUCAUGGGGACCAUGGGCUCCUUGUGAUGCCUGCCUGGGGCAGUCCCUUCGGAGCCGUGCGUGUAACCAGCCUCCUACCUCCGAUGGAGGCAGGCCCUGCCCUGGGGGUCAUGAGCAGAGCCGCUCUUGUCAGGACAAUUCCACUCAUUGCACAGACUGCGGAGGUGGCCAGGAUCUGAUGCCCUGUGGGCAGCUUUGUCCCCGCUCUUGCCAGGACCUGUCCCCUGGCAGUGUGUGCCAGACAGGCCUGGCAGGCUGUCAGCCCAGCUGUGGGUGCCCGCCAGGCCUGCUUUUCCAGGACGGCGUCUGUGUGCCGCGGUCCCUCUGCCGCUGCCAGUUCCAGCCUGGAGCCCUGGGGAUUCCCGAGAACCAGAGCCGGGCAGCGGGCUCCCGGCUCAGCUCCUGGGAAAGCCUGGAACCUGGACAGGUGGUGACUGGGCCAUGCGACCACUGCACCUGUACGGCAGGCAUCCUGCAGUGUCACGAGGUGCCCGGCUGCCCUGGUCCUGGCAUGUGGAGCUCCUGGGGCCCCUGGGAGGAGUGCAGUGCUUCCUGCGGGGGAGGGGAGCAGCUGCGCUCCCGGCUCUGUGCCCGACCCCCGUGCCCAGGGCUGGCCCGACAGAGCCGUACCUGCCACACUCAGGUCUGCAGAGAAGCGGGCUGUCCUGCUGGGCGCCUGUACCGCGAAUGCCAGCCCGGCGAGGGAUGCCCUUUCUCUUGCGCUCACAUCACGGGGCAGGUGGCCUGCUUUUCCGAAGGCUGUGAAGAGGGCUGCCACUGUCCUGAGGGCACCUUCCAGCACCACCUGGCCUGUGUCCAGGAGUGCCCCUGUGCCCUGACAGCCUCGGUGAUGCAGGGCCUGGGGCUCACCAACACUGCCCCCGGGACCCACGCAGCCUUUCUGGGAGAGGAAGGUUGGGCCCUUAGACCUGGAGAUGAGCUGGGCCCCGGCCAGACACUUCAAGCAGGCUGCCGCAACUGCUCCUGUGCUCAUGGAAAGCUGUCUUGCUCCACGGAAGACUGCUCUGGGUCCCGUGGCAGUUUCGGUCCCUGGGGCAUGUGGGGCCCAUGCUCCCGCUCCUGCGGUGGGCUGGGUACCCGCACCCGCACCCGCCAGUGUCUGCACCCCACACCUGCUCCCGGUGGCCCGGGCUGCCAUGGGCCCUCCCAGGACCUUGAGUACUGUCCCAGCCCAGACUGCCCGGGGGCUGCAGGAUCCACGGUGGAGCCAGUGUCAAGUCUUCCAGGCGGCUGGGGCCCGUGGUCGUCAUGGGCCCCCUGCUCCCACAGCUGCACAGACCCUGCUCACCCUGCCUGGCGCAGCCGUACGCGCCUCUGCCUGGCCAACUGCACCGGGGGGGACCCCUCACAGGAGCGCCCCUGCAACCUGCCCUCAUGCACAGGGCUGCCCCCGUGCCCCGGGGCCGGCUGCAGGCUGAGGAACUGCUCCUGGACCCCCUGGGCCCCAUGGGAGCCCUGCUCGCGAAGCUGCGGAGUGGGGCAGCAGCGCCGUCUACGCGCCUACCACCCCCCGGGGCCCGGUGGGCACUGGUGCGCUGAUGUCCUCACCGCAUACCGGGAGCGCCGCUUCUGCAACCUGCGUGCCUGCCCAGUGCCUGGGGGCUGGUCACGCUGGAGCCCCUGGUCCUGGUGUGAUCACAGCUGUGGAGGUGGCCGAUCCCUGAGGAGCCGAAGCUGCUCGAGCCCACCACCCAAGAAUGGGGGCACCCCCUGUGUGGGGGAGAGGCACCAUGCCCGGCUCUGCAACCCCAUGCCAUGUGAGGAAGGCUGCCCAGCAGGCAUGGAGCUAGUGAGCUGUGCCAACCGCUGCCCCCGCCGCUGCUCAGACCUGCAGGAGGGAGUCGUGUGUCAAGAAGACCAGGCCUGCCAGCCAGGCUGUCGCUGCUUUGAAGGGUUUCUGGAGCAGGAUGGUGGCUGUGUGCCAGUCGGGCACUGUGAAUGCACAGAUGCCGGGGGGCACAGCUGGGCCCCGGGGAGCCGGCACCAGGAUGGCUGCAACAACUGCUCCUGCCUGGCCGGGCGGCUCUCCUGCACCGCUCAGCCCUGCCCGCCUCCCGCCCACUGUGCCUGGAGCCGCUGGUCUGCCUGGAGUCCCUGCAGCCACUCGUGUGGGCCUGGAGGGCAGCAGAGCCGCUUCCGGUCUUCCACGUCGGGCUCGUGGGCCCCAGAAUGUCAGGAGGAGCAGUCACAGAGCCAGCCCUGCCCUCAGCCCCCUUGCCCACCCCUGUGCCUACAUGAUGCCCGCUCCCGUGCACUGGGGGACAGCUGGCUGCAAGGAGAGUGCCAGCAGUGCUCCUGCACCCCGGAAGGUGUGAUCUGCGAAGACUCCACGUGUGCAGAGCCUGAGGGCUGGACGCUGUGGUCCCCCUGGUCCGAGUGCCCCGUCUCCUGUGGAGGUGCAGUCCAAGUCCGCACCCGAGCGUGCACGGUGCCGGCCCCUCAGCGUGGUGCCCCCCACUGCCAGGGCCCCGGCACCCAAACCCAGAGCUGUGGGCAGCGGCCGUGCUUGGGGCUGUUGGAAACCUGCUCCUGGGGCCCCUGGGGACCCUGUUCCCACAGCUGUGGCCCAGGCCUCGCCUCCCGCUCGGGCUCCUGCCCCUGCCUGAUGGCCAAGGCAGACCCUGCAUGCAAUGGCACCUUGCCACGCCUGGACACUCGAGCCUGCUACCACGGGCCCUGCCUGGAGGACUGCGUGUGGAGCAGCUGGAGCGGCUGGACGCGCUGCUCGUGCCAGGUGCUGGUGCAACAGCGCUACCGACACCAGAGGCCGGCCCCGGGCCGGGCAGGGGCCGCCGCCCCCUGCACCCGCCUGGAUGGCCACUUCCGGCCGUGCCCCAUCAGCAACUGCUCAGAGGACAGCUGCCCACCUCCCUUUGAGUUCCAGUCCUGUGGCUCUCCCUGUGCUGGACUCUGCGCCACAUACCUGAGCCUUCGACUCUGCCAGGACCUGCCACCCUGCCAGCCUGGCUGCUACUGCCCCAAGGGGCUGUUGGAGCAGGCUGGAGGCUGUGUUCUCCCAGAGCAGUGUAACUGCUGGCACGCUUCAGGAGGAGGAGCUGGGGUGACCCUGGCCCCUGGGGACCGCCUGCAGCUGGGCUGUAAAGAAUGUGAAUGCCGGCACGGAGAGCUGCAAUGUACCAGCCAUGGGUGUGAAGGUCUUCUGCCUCUGAGUGGCUGGUCGGAGUGGUCUCCCUGUGGACCCUGCUGGCCCCCAAGUGCUUUGGCUCCUUCCUCCAGAAUCACUCUGGAGAGACACUGGCCUCCAGAAUCAUCAGACGUCCCUCCAACCCCUGUCCCUCUGCUGGCUUCGGAGCAGCAGCGACACCGCCUCUGCUUAGACCCCGAGACUGGGGGCCCCUGGGCCGGGGACCCUGGGCUCUGCACCAUGCCCCUCAGCCAGCAACGCCUCUGCCCUGACCCUGGGGCCUGCCACGACUUGUGCCAGUGGAGUCCUUGGGAGCCCUGGAGCCCAUGCCAGCUGCCCUGUGGUGGGGGGUUCCGGCUGCGUUGGAGAGAGGCAGGAACUGCCCUUGGAAGACGCUGCCAGGGACCAUGGGCUCAGACUGAAAGCUGCAAUAUGGGGUCCUGCCCAGGAGAGAGCUGUGAAGCCCGGGGCACCGUGUUCACCUUUGACUGCGCCAACCAGUGCCCUCGCAGCUGUGCUGAGCUCUGGGAUGGGGUGCAGUGUCUGCAGGGACCCUGCAGCCCAGGCUGCCGAUGCCCCCCUGGCCAGCUGGUUCAAGAUGGGCAUUGUGUGCCCAUCUCCUCUUGCCGCUGUGGCCUCCCUAGUGCCAAUGCCUCUUGGGAGCUGGUCCCAGAUGAGGUGGUCCAACUGGACUGUCAUAACUGCACGUGCACUAAUGGGUCAAUGAUGUGUCCACACCUCGAGUGUCCACUCCUGGGGUCGUGGUCAGCCUGGAGCAGAUGCUCAGCUGCCUGUGGUGGGGGCACUAUGGAACGCCGUCGGAGCUGCGAGGAGCGCUUUGGGGGGGCACUAUGCCAAGAGCAGGACAGGGAACAGCGGCGGAAGUGUAACCCGCAGCCCUGCCCUGAGUGCCCCCCUGGCCAGGUGCUCAGCUCCUGUGCCACUCUGUGCCCGAGCCUCUGCUCACAUUUGCAGCCUGGCACCAUCUGUGUGCGGAAACCCUGCCAGCUUGGCUGCAGCUGCCCUGGGGGUCAGCUGCUGCACAAUGGCACGUGUGUGCCCCCUGCCACCUGCCCCUGUACCAAGCUUUCUCUGCCCUGGGGCCUCACCUUGUCCCUAGAAGAGCAAGUGCAGGAGAUGCCCUCGGGGACUGUCCUCACCUGGAACUGCACACACUGCAUUUGCCAAGGUGGAGUCUUCAGCUGCUCUCUCGCCGGCUGUCCAGAGUGUCCCCCUGGGGAAAUGUGGCACCAGGUGGCCCCUGGAGAGCUGAGGCCCUGUGAGCAGACAUGCCGGGAGAUGGACGCCACGGGGCCCGAGGGCAACUGCACUACGGGGCAGGCCCCGCGCUGCGUGUGCCAGCCUGGGCACUUCCGCAGCCAGGCAGGUCCCUGUGUCCCUGCAGCCCACUGUGAAUGCUGGCACCAUGGGAGUCCCCACCCGCCUGGAUCCGAGUGGCAAGAGGCCUGUGAGCACUGCCGCUGCCUCGACGGGAGGAGCGUCUGCGCCCAGCACUGCCCAGGGGCCACCUGUGCUCAGGGCGAAGUGAUGGUGCAGGAGCCAGGAAGCUGUUGUCCCACUUGUCGCCAGGAGACUCUGGCGGAGGAGUCAGCGUCCUGCCGGCACAUCACAGAACUCAGGAACCUCACCAAGGGCCCCUGCCAUCUGGACCAGGUAGAAGUGAGCUACUGCAGUGGACACUGUCUGUCCAGCACCAACGUCAUGCCUGAGGAACCAUACCUACAGAGCCAGUGCGACUGCUGCAGUUACCGCCUGGACCCCGAAAGCCCCGUGCGGAUCCUGAACCUCCACUGCCCUGGUGGUCACACAGAGCCCGUGGUGCUGCCAGUCAUCCACAGCUGCCAAUGCAGCGCCUGCCAGGGAGGUGACUUCUCAAAGCGUUGAAGGGCUCCGCUGGAUGCUUGCACUGCGGGUUGAUCUGAUGACCACAGAGCUCCGUGGUACCCGCUACUUCCUGCUGUGCCCCUCACCCACCCCUGACCUGGGAUCCAUCCCUGUCAUUAUAUCCCAAAUAA